CCGGGAGGGGCGAAUAUGGGAACGCCCCCCAGACCCCGCCCCUGCGCGCCGGGCCGGGAAACGAAACCGAGGCGGGCUCGGGGUCACGCGGCGGGGCGGCCCCGCAGCCUCCGGCGUCCGGAGUUGGCGUCGGCCAGAGAGAGCGCGUGCCUCACGUCCUCCCGGCCCCACCCCCUGCGCGCUGCGCACGCGCAGCCGCGCCCCGCCCCUUCGCGUCCCGCCAGUGAAAGGGCCGCGCCGGGGAGUUCGCGGCGCGCGGCCCCUGCACUCCGGCCCGAGAUGAAUGCUGCGGCAGAAGCCGAGUUCAACAUCCUCCUGGCCACCGACUCCUACAAGGUUACUCACUACAAACAAUACCCACCCAACACAAGCAAAGUUUAUUCCUACUUUGAAUGCCGUGACAAGAAGACAGAAAAUUCCAAACUUAGGAAAGUGAAAUACGAGGAAACAGUAUUUUAUGGGUUGCAGUACAUUCUUAAUAAGUAUUUAAAAGGUAAAGUAGUGACCAAAGAGAAAAUCCAGGAAGCCAAAGAGGUCUAUAAAGAACAUUUCCAAGAUGAUGUCUUUAAUGAAAAGGGAUGGAAUUACAUUCUUGAGAAAUAUGACGGACAUCUUCCAAUAGAAAUAAAAGCUGUUCCUGAGGGCUCUGUCAUUCCCAGAGGAAAUGUUCUUUUCACAGUGGAAAAUACAGAUCCAGAGUGUUACUGGCUUACAAAUUGGAUAGAGACUAUUCUUGUUCAGUCCUGGUAUCCAAUCACAGUGGCCACUAAUUCUAGAGAGCAGAAGAAAAUAUUGGCCAAAUAUUUGUUAGAAACUUCUGGUAACUUAAAUGGACUGGAAUACAAGUUACAUGAUUUCGGCUACAGAGGAGUCUCUUCCCAAGAGACUGCUGGCAUAGGAGCAUCUGCUCAUUUGGUUAACUUCAAAGGAACAGAUACAGUAGCAGGAAUUGCUCUAAUUAAAAAAUAUUAUGGAACGAAAGAUCCUGUUCCAGGCUACUCUAUUCCAGCAGCAGAACACAGUACCAUAACAGCUUGGGGGAAAGACCAUGAAAAAGAUGCUUUUGACCAUAUAGUAACACAGUUUUCAUCAGUGCCUGUAUCUGUGGUCAGCGAUAGCUAUGACAUUUAUAAUGCCUGUGAGAAAAUAUGGGGUGAAGAUCUAAGACAUUUAAUAGUAUCAAGAAGUACAGAGGCACCACUUAUAAUCAGACCUGAUUCUGGAAACCCUCUUGACACAGUAUUAAAGGUUUUGGAUAUUUUAGGUAAGAAGUUUCCUAUUACUGAAAACUCAAGGGGCUACAAGUUGCUGCCACCUUAUCUUAGAGUUAUUCAAGGAGAUGGAGUAGACAUUAAUACCUUACAAGAGAUUGUAGAAGGCAUGAAACAGAAAAAGUGGAGCAUUGAAAAUGUUGCUUUUGGCUCUGGUGGAGCUUUGCUGCAGAAGUUAACCAGAGAUCUCUUGAAUUGUUCCUUCAAGUGUAGUUAUGUUGUAACCAAUGGCCUUGGGAUAAAUGUCUUCAAGGACCCAGUUGCUGAUCCCAAUAAAAGGUCCAAAAAGGGCCGAUUGUCUUUACAUAGGACGCCAACAGGGAAUUUUGUUACACUUGAGGAAGGAAAAGGUGACCUUGAAGAAUAUGGUCAUGACCUUCUCCACACAGUCUUCAAGAACGGAAAGGUGACAAAGACCUACUCAUUUGAUGAAGUGAGGAAAAAUGCACAGCUGAGCAGCGAACUGGACGCAGCACGACAUUAGGCUGUGUGACUGGGUGUGUGGUGUGCACCAUGUGUCUGUGUGUGCGCGUGUGCAUGCACGGAUACUGUGUGAGUAUGUGAGACAUGGUGUUUAUUGUACAGAUCUGUGGGGUUGCUUUGUGUUUUAUGAUACAUCACAGCCAAAUUAUUUGUUGGUUUAUGGACAUACCACCCUUUCAUUGUUUUUCUUUAUUUUCCAGUGUUUAGGUGAUCUCAACUUAGGAAACACAUCUUUAACCAUGUAAAAGAUUAAUGCUAAAGUAAGCUUUUUAGGGCCCUUUGCCAAUAGAUAGUAAUUCAAUCUGGUAUUGAUCUUUUCACAAAUAACAACUGAAAAACUUUUAUAUAUUACUGAUGAUCACAUAAAACAGAUUUGCAUAAAAUUAUCAUGAUUGCUUUAUGUUUAUAUUUAACUUGUAUUUUUGUACAAACAAGAUUGUGUAAAAUAUAUUUAAAGUUUCAGUGAUUUAACAGUCUUUCCAACUUUUCAUGAUUUUUAUGAGCACAGACUUUCAAGAAAAUACUUGAAAAUAAAUUACAUUGCCUUUUGUCCAUUAAUCAGCAAAUAAAAUAUGGCCUUAACAAAGUUGUUUGUGUUAUUGUACAAUUUUGAAAAUUAUGUCAGGAGAAACCCUAUAGAAUUACUAACCUCACUGCCCCUUGUAGAAUAUGUAUUAAUCAUUCUACAUUGAAGAAAAUAAUGGUUCUUACUGGAAUGUCUAGGCACUGUACAGUUAUUCUUUACCUUGGUCAUUGAAUUGUACCAGUGAAAUGCCAAAUUUGAAAGGCCUGUACUGCAAUUUUAUAUGUCAAAUAUUGCCUCUGGCUCUAAUAUGCACCUCAAGAUUUUAAGGAGAUAAAGUUUUUAGAGAGAAUUUCUGCUUCCACUAUAGAAUAUAUACAUAAAUAUAAAAUAUUGACAAAAGUGGAAGUAGUGUAUUUUAAAGUAAUUACACUUCUGAAUUUAUUUUUCAUAUUCUAUAGUGGGUAUGACUUAAAUGAAUUACUGGAGUGGGUAGUGAGUGUACUUAUUUUAAAUGUUUUGAUUAUGUUAUAUUUUUCAUUAAGUAUUUUUAAAAAUUAAAUUGGAUAUUAAAUUGUA